AGAUGCCGGAGGAAUAUAUCAUGUCGUCAAAGGCGUGCAUCUACGUCUUGGGCGGUGCGGCCAACACGGCCGCCCUGUUUGAUUUCGACGGCGUCUACAUUCUCGAUGGGGGAUUCGCCGAAAAGAACCCGGGAUUUGUGGCUCACGUCAGGGACGUCUCUGCCGUUCUGCUCGCCGCUCCGACGCUGGGAAAUCUUGGAACCACAUCUGCUCUGUUGGAACAGGGAAAACCGUUGCCGGUGUUCACCAACACGAAGCCGUUCAAGACUGCAAAGCCAGGAAGCAGUGGAGAGAUUGCCAAAGCAAUUCAAGAAGCCAACUCGAAAAUCCUCUCCGUGGCUCCACCACUGUUCAAUCCAAAAUACCCGGCAAACAUCAUAUACCAGUCAGCUGCAAAAGGAGUUCUCUCACUGUAUAUUCUGGCUGGUGACGUCAAGGAUGCCGAAGUGAUCACAAAGGCGUUGGCUGGAGGAAACGAGGCUGAAGUGGAGAAGGCGGCCGCUGAGCAUGGAACCAUCGGCGUCCUGCUCUGGAGACCUGCGAUGACUGAUCAAUCGGUGGUCAGAGUGCUCAUUUCGGGAACUAGUUCACUUUCGAGGAUCCAGCAAUCGCUUGACAAGGCAGCGAAAUCACUUCCAUUCCUCAACGUGCCUACCGUGAAGUCGAAGGAUGCGCUGUCGGAUAUUCCUGCUCCUGCUGUGCCACGACCUGUUGCCGGAAAACCAUCGGCGAGACCUGCAACCACAACAGGCACCGCAACUCGUCCAACUCGUCCAGCAGUCCCUGCAGCCAGUGCUCCCAGAGCUUUGACUUCUCGUGCUCCAGCAGGCCCAUCUCGUCCGACGACUACACGAAAUGCAGCUCCUGCUCCCAGAACAGCUGUCCCAUCGCGAGCAACUGUACUCACAAAGACUGCUCCAGCAUCGAAGGCUCCAACGAGAGCUCCAGUCCCAGCGAGAUCUGCACCAGCGCCACCACGAGGAGCCCCUGCGAAGCCGGCCGCGAACACAGCCAAGGCCGAACCAAUAGCUCAGAAGAAGACCGUUGGAAAAGUUCAAGGAACUGCUCCAUCAAAACCUGCUCCGGCGGCUCCAGCUUCGGCAGCCACGUCUCCAGCUCCAGCUCCAGAAGCUCCUCGAAGGGAUCCGAACAACGUCACCAUCGUUCUCGACGAUUCGCUCUCUCCAGAAGAUUUCAACCAAGGGUCGGCUCCGAUGGAUAUUGUCGUGAUUCCACCAACACCGGAGCCACCACGUCAUGAGGUGGCUCAGGCCACGCAUCCAGAGGAGUCGAUAAUUGACGCGGAGGACUUGGCAAAGGCUCCACUGGAAGUCGAUGAUGUCGCAAAUCUGGCUGACGUCGAAGACGAAAUUCCGCCACCAGUUGACGCGUUCAAGAAGCCAGAGCCACAUCCAGAGCCGAAUGUUUCUGGCGGUUCCGAGGAAGACAAGAUACCAGAGCCAGUCGAUGCUUUCAAGAAGCCAGAUCCAGUUGAGCUGGACGAUUUCGAUCCACUAAAGCCAUCGCAUCCCGAGCCAUCUGCGCCAGUUGUGCCAAGUGACCAUAUCAUCAUCGCUACACCUGAUCCAGAGCUCCCCGACAUUGUUGCUGCUGUUCCAUUCGUUUCUCCAUCACCAAAAGGUCCAAAUGAUGGACUUGUGAAGUUGGACGAUGAGCUGGAGAAGAUUGCUCCAGGAUUUGAGGAACCACUGAUCCCACAAGCUCCACGUGACGAUGGCACUCUUGCCGAAUGCAGUGAAGAAGUGUCCAAAUUGGUUGAGAUCAGCAUGGAUACUGAUAACAGCGCUGAAGUUGCAGCGGAUCUUGCCAAGGCCGUUGGAGAAGUCACUCAGUUGUCGGCAGAUCUUCAGAAUCUGGGUCUCGACGAGAAGACGGAUGAGUAUGUGCGAAAGCUGAGCAAUCAGAUGAUUGAAGACGCCACACUGCCAUUCACCAGUGCACUUGCCAGCAGUAUUGUCACUUCGAACGGAUCGGAAACAAACGGCCACGGGGAACAAGCACAUGCAGCACAAAAUGGAGGAAUCGAUCAUCAGAAGGAGAUUCCGAAGCAUGAUUUAAUGCAAUCGCGCUCCAGUGUGAUUGAGAAUGGAGCUGCUGUGCAGUACGAGAAGACUGAUCCAGCAUUGGAUGAUGUGCUCAAUGCAUGUGCUCAGGAGAGUGAAAAGAUCGAUGCUUCCCAUCCAGAUAAUCUUCACAUGCCAGCUGCUCCAGGAUCCGCCGCCCCAGCGAAGCCAGUCAAGUUCGCGCGCCCAUAUUAUUUCGACGUGGUGACAGUGCCAAGGAACGAGAAAUUGGAGACCUCUGUUGCAGCAGACGGCCUUCAAGAGUUCAUCUCAAAAGUUCGCUCCAGAAAUGUGAUCCUCGCGUCGAAGGAUAUCUCCGGAGAGCAGCUGCAGGCGAUUCUUUGCGGAAAGCAAACAUGGUGUGAUACUCACCCAUGCAACGUGAUCCCGACGCAUUCCUCUCCGAUGCUACUCGAUUUCCGCCAAAAGAACGAGGAACAGUUUGCCGCGAAUAAUCUGCAAUUUUCGAUUCCCGUGGAGAAGCAACGGACCACAGUGAGCUCGGACGCCGGAGCCAUCGAGUAUGAGUUGGCCAGAGUCGAUUUGCUCUAAUUGACUGCCAAUGAAUCACCCAUCAUAUUUUAUUUUCCUGUGAAUUUUUACACUCUCCUUCCCGGCAGCAUAACUUAUGUUAUUUAUUUUUUAUUUCCCCCGCCCCCCAAAUUAUCUUACUGUAAUUUUUCAUGUUUUAUAUAGCCCCCAAUCCUGAUCUUUUGACCCCGCCGAAUGCUCUUCAAAAUCACUAUUUUUAAUGUUUCAAUUAUUUAUUGUAUAUUUAUUGGCAGUAUUUUGCUAAAUUCAGUCUUUUAAAUACAGUGUUUUAGCAGUCGUUUA